CUCUGCGCUCUCCGGCCCUGGGUUUCCUUUUGCUCCGUGCGCUCCUGUCGAAGGAAGCGGCGGCAGCUCAGAGCAGAAGGCAGCGCUUCUUUCGUCUCCCGCUUUGCCACUGGCUUAGCCGGGAGGUGUAACCCACUGGUCCGUCUCCCUCCCUCUUUCACUCUCCUGCGUCUGGGGCAGCUUUCGACAGCAGCAGGGGUCCCGCCCUCCUUCACUGCAAAGGGGAAUUUUCCUUGGGGCUGUCCGGUCAGCACCACGGACAGCUCCCUAGCCGGCCGCUCCAGCGCACGCAGCCCCUUGGAGCCUCGCUGUGGUCGGGCGGCCGCUGGGCGGGAGAAGCCCUCUCCGGGACCAUGGGGGGCGAACCCUGGAACCAGAGCGAGCCCAACAGCACCCAGCUGUCCUGCGGCGGCCCCAACAGCAGCCUGGAGGCAAGCGGAGGCAGCCUGUGCUCUGCCCACGGGGUCAGCCCUUCCAUGGUCACGGCCAUCGUCAUCAUGGUUCUCUACUCCGUCGUGUGCGUGGUGGGACUCUUCGGCAACUUCUUGGUCAUGUAUGUCAUCAUCCGAUAUACCAAAAUGAAGACUGCCACCAACAUCUAUAUUUUCAACCUUGCCCUGGCAGAUGCCUUGGCAACAAGUACGCUGCCAUUCCAAAGUGUGAAUUACCUCCUGGGAACAUGGCCGUUUGGUACCGCCAUUUGUAAGAUUGUUAUCUCCAUAGAUUACUACAACAUGUUCACAAGUAUUUUCACUCUCUGCACGAUGAGUGUGGAUCGCUACAUAGCAGUUUGCCACCCAGUCAAGGCUCUGGAUUUCCGCACCCCCAGAAAUGCCAAAAUUGUCAACGUCUGUAAUUGGAUUGUUUCUUCAGCCAUCGGCAUCCCAGUUAUGGUGAUGGCAACCACCAAAGAGAGCAAUGGAUCUGUUGAUUGCACACUUAUAUUCUCUCACCCAGCAUGGUAUUGGGAGAACUUGCUGAAAAUCUGUGUUUUCAUCUUUGCCUUCAUCAUGCCUGUCCUAAUUAUCACGGUAUGCUAUGGGCUCAUGAUUUUACGCCUGAAGAGUGUCCGAAUGCUCUCUGGCUCCAAGGAGAAGGACAGGAAUCUUAGAAGGAUCACCAGGAUGGUCCUCGUGGUUGUGGCUGUCUUCAUCGUCUGCUGGACCCCCAUCCAUAUUUACGUUAUCAUUAAAGCCUUGAUCCAUAUCCCAGAAACUACUUUCCAGACUGUCUCCUGGCACUUCUGUAUUGCUUUGGGGUACACAAACAGCUGCCUUAAUCCCGUCCUUUAUGCCUUUCUAGAUGAGAACUUCAAAAGGUGUUUCAGAGAGUUCUGCAUCCCAACAGCUUCAACCAUGGAGCAACAAAACUCCACCCACGUCCGACAAAACACUCGCGAGCAUGCCUCCACCGCCAACACGGUGGAUAGGACUAACCAACAGGUAUGACUAGCAGUGGAGAUGUCAUCUCUGGAUUCGGGAAUCCCUCCUGGAGAUGACAUGAAUUCUGAAAUUACAGUCUUUACUGAUGUGUAGGUUCUGGAAGAUGUGACAGUCUUUUUGAUUUAUCUUCCCUAGCUGGGGCGAUACACAAACAUGGAAUGAUGAAUCCAGACAUCAUCAGUCCCAAUCGGGUUUUGGGAAACUAGAGAGCUCCCAGAUGUACCUUGCAUGGCCAGGCCCUUGUCUGUGUAUCAUUGUGAUAUUUAUUCCAUAGCUGAGAAAGGAGGAGAUGCUUUCAUAGUGUUUGAAGCAACAGAAUGUUUGCUAUUGCUUAACAUUCUAGAACUGUAUAUAUUUUAAGAACUGCCUUGUACCCAGUCGGAAUCAAUGUAACUAAGGUCUAUCAGCCCUACUAGCACCUGGCCUUACAGCCAGCCCACAGGGCCCUUGAUAGCCCUCCUUCUUUAGACUUCUGAUUGGCAAGCAAUAGACUUUCAGUCAAUACUUUUAGACAGGUCUGCAUCACCAUG